CUACCAAGUACAAUCAAGAAGUUGAUAUUUGAUGAUGAUGGCUAUGACGAACCGAUACCACCCAAGUCGUUUAUACUACCUGUACCAUCAUCGAUUACAGAGAUCAACCUUGGUUCAUACAAUCAACCAUUGUAUGAAGGAUUCAUUCCAUCCUCUGUUACAUCUCUGACUUUUGGUAGUGACUUUAAUCAGAUGUUACAAGGUGGUUGGAUACCAAGUUCAAUCAGAUCAUUGACAUUUGGUAACAGAUUCAAUCAAUCAUUGACACCAGGUGUAUUACCAUCAAGUGUAACAACAUUGACAAUUGGUGAUAGUUUCAAUCAACCAUUGAUGAUUGGUUCUAUUCCUGACUCAGUCACAUCCUUAUCAUUUGGAUCAUUCUUUAAUCAACCAUUGGACCCUCUAGGUGUCAUACCAACAAGUGUUACAACCCUCUCCUUUGGAAGUUUCUUUGGACAAGACCUUGUCAGUGGACAGAUACCAACAUCUGUAAAAAAUCUAUCACUUGAAUAUAGAUUCAAUCAAUUGAACAAGGGCUCCAUCCCCGAAUCAGUCCAAUCCCUAACGAUGAGCGAUUAUUUCGAUCAACCAUUAUUUGACAUUGAUGUCCCUCGCUCUCUCACACAUCUUACACUAUUUAACCUUGGUCAACCAUUGUCACCUGGAAUGAUUCCACAACAUAUUAUAACUUUGAUACUCUAUGAUUUCAACCAAGAAUUGAAACCAGGAGAUAUACCGUCAUCAGUGAACAAUCUCUAUUUGGAAGGCUCAUUCCAUUGUACUUUGGAAGUUGGAUCAAUACCUGAAUCAGUGCAAAGUCUUCACUUUGGUGAAUGGUUCAAUCAAGAUGAUAUGGUGCCAGGUAUCCUUCCAUCGUCCAUUACAAGAUUGAAUCUUGGUUCUAACUUCCAAGCAAGACUAUGUGAUGGUGUCAUACCCCAAUCAGUAACUGAGCUAAGUCUAAAUUGUUUGGGAAUCACUAAGCUUGAGAAGAUUGAAUCAUUGAUCAAUUUAAAGACUUUAACAUUGAACGUUCCACAUGAUCUUAGAGGCUACAAACUACAGCCAAUCUAUCCAACAAUCCCAAACAAUGUAAUACGUUGCUAUGGCUUCUAUCGAUCAUUGGUACUAUAUGUUAGGAUGAUAGAGGAAGAUACAUAUAUGGUCUACAAUCAAAUAUUAGGUACCUUUUUAUUUGGAAGAUGUAUUAUCGAUUCAUCAUCAUCUGUUGAUGGUCAACGACAUGUCAAGAUACCCCACAUUCCAUUCUUAACAAUCUCAAUG